GCUGGAGAGCUCGUUAUUCAUUUUACUUGACAGACUGAACCAUUCGCGUAAUUAAUGAGAUGAGUGCUGUGGAAAUAAUAUAUUUCGAAUUAAUAACACACGUUUUACGUGACUAGAACCUUAGCCGACAGAGAGGAAAUUAUAUAACUGUUAUUGUGUUAACUGUUUUUAUUCUAAAUAAAUAUUUGCAGGAAGCAAUCAAAUAAACGGUUAGAAAACUUUUGAGAUCCUGUAAUGAGAGUCACUCAUUGUUGUGUUUAACCCAAAUACAGUUCAGAAGGAGUGCGGAGUGGUGUGCAAUGGAGCUUUGGAUCGGGCCUCUCAUACUGGUCAGCAUCAAUGUGUUUUGGACAUUUGGUAAAAUCACCAACGAGGAAAUAGUGUCAAUGACAGAAGCAGAAGCUGUGGUGGGAGGGGUGGCCAAGCUACCCUGCGACAUGACUCCUCCUCUUGCUGGUGACAAGGUUCAUCUUGUUAUCUGGUACAAGGAGUCUAUAGACCUUCCGAUAUACAGCUACGACGCAAGAGGGAAAUCAGUGGAGGGCGCCCAUCAUUGGUCGGAAAACACCGUCUUGGGCAGUCGUGCCUUCUUCCGCACAAGUGACGCUCCUGCCAAACUGACCCUGGAGAGUGUCAAGGACACGGACGCCGGCAUCUAUCGCUGCCGCAUCGACUUCAAGAAGUCUCCCACCAGGAACACCCAAGUCAACCUCACCGUAAUCAUUCCACCAGAGAGGCUGAGCGUUCUAGAUGAGAAAGGGGACCACAUCCAAGACUACAUCCUCGGACCUUACAAUGAGGGAACAUCUGUUGACAUUACAUGUAUAUCGACUGGAGGCAGACCUGUGCCGAGGGUCACGUGGUGGCAAGAGAACGCCCUGCUGGAUGACUCCUACGAGGUCCUCAGCGAGCGACGGGUGAAGAACGUACUCAGCCUGGAGCGUGUGGAGAGGCGACACCUACACAUGGUGUUCACAUGCCAGGCUUCCAACAACAACCUGAUAGCGCCGAUAUCCAGCGCCAUCACUCUCGACCUCAACCUGAGGCCGUUGUGGGUGAAGCUGGUGGGCGAGAACAGACCUCUCUCUUCCGAGCAGACGUACGAGAUCAGCUGUCAAGUGGUGGGAGCCAGGCCGCCCCCGACCAUCAGCUGGUACAAGGGGAGCACGCUGCUCAGGAACACCAGGGAGUCGACCACUGGUGAUGGUAACACCACCAUAUCCACCCUGACCUUCUCUCCGCUCAUGGAGGAUUCUGGGAAGACUCUGACUUGCCGAGCCAGCUCCGCCACCAUAGAGGACAGCGAACUGGAGGAUUCCUGGAAACUCAAUAUUUUCCACGUACCUCUGGUAGUGCUGGAGUUAGGCAGUAACCUGAACGCCAGUACGAUAAGAGAAGGCAUCGACGUUUACUUCGAGUGCAACAUCAAGUCCAACCCAUGGGUUUACCGUGUUAGUUGGAGACACAACGGUAUGACUCUCGUAAAUAACGCGAGUGCGGGUACCAUCGUACAGAACCAGAGCCUGGUCCUCCAGAGUGUGUCCAGAGCUCGGGCAGGGCUGUAUACCUGUGUGGGCAGCAACCAGGAGGGAGAUGGGGAGAGUAACCCAGUCCCACUGGAUGUAAAAUUCGCCCCAGUUUGCAAGCCAGGACAGCAGAAGGUGGUGGGGGUAGCGCGGCACGAGAUAGCCAAAGUCAUGUGCGAGGUGGAGGCCAACCCAACAGACGUCCACUUCACGUGGAAGUUCAACAACAGCGGGGAGACAUUCGACUUGCCCAGCUCUCACGUGGCGUCAGAGAGAACACGUAGCAUCGCCUCCUACACCCCCAGGACAGAGGUGGAGUACGGUACUCUCCUUUGUUGGGGCAGGAACGAGCUGGGGCACCAGAAGCAGCCGUGCGUCUACCACGUCAUACCCGCAGGGAGGCCAGAUCCUCUGGAGAACUGCACAAUUCUGAACCAGACGGCAGACUCACUCUAUGUGGAGUGCGAUGAGGGAUUCGAUGGAGGUUUACCGCAAGAGUUCCAGAUGGAGGUGUACGACUCCCAGAGCCACGCACUGGUCAGCAACGUCUCUAGCAAGCUGUGUUGGUUCCUAGCCACUGGCCUGCCCUCUGGUGUGGGUUUCGACAUCGUCCUGUACUCCUUCAACAGUAAGGGUCACAGUGAGAGCAGUCACCUAGUCGCUCACACGCUCAAGUCCGCCGCGCGCCGCUCUGGCCAAACGACGGCGCCGGUAGCCAUCGAGUUGACUCCACUCCUUGGCGUCCUAGCGGGAGUAGUGGCGUCUCUUAUCCUGCUAGCCCUGGGGAUCGUCCUGGUGCUGAGACUGCGGGGCAAAGAUUGUGACGAGAAACACCAGAAGACAAUCGUCUCAACUGACCUGAAGAGGUCCAACGAGAGUAUGGACAGCCUUGAGAAAAAUCCUGACAUUAUUCCUCAUAACAACGAUUACCACGAAGAAGAGAAAGCGUUUGAAAAUCUAAAUUCCAGACUUUAUCCUACCCACAUUACCGUUGAAGGCAGGAGAAAAGCAGGGAAAGAGGAAGUGACGUACGCGGAGCUGCAACUGCCGCCUAACCUGUACACCAACCUGGUGACGUCUACGCGCCAGGACGAGCAGACCGUGUAUGCGCUGAUAGACGCGUCCUUGUGUAACGCCACUGCGGAGACCCCCCUCAUCAACCACACAAGGGAGAGCACGAUGAACACCCUGGAGCGCGGUGCUCGAGUGAUGGCGGGACCUCCACCGUCCGUGUCCGCCACGCGUUUCUGACAGGCUCCGGAGCGACCCUGGACGACCACGGAGAUGCUGUGAGCGAGCCUUGCGGCCUCUGGGUCUAAACCUCCCUCUGCAGACUUCGCCCCCACGCGUCUGUCCAUAUGUACAAACUACGUGUAACGUGUAUAUAAGAAUGUACAUUCCUGUAAAUAGCUCUCCAAGGACGGGUCGAUCGUCAGUGUCCCGCUAUUCUAAAGUACUCGUUAGGUGUAAUACUAGUGUGUUGUUACAAUCUGUUGCUUUAUGGCGUGUUGGCAUUCUCUGUUACUCAAUCGACUGAUCGUUGGAUGCAAUCUGUUACCCUCAUACGAAUCCAAUAUGGAGUAAUUUUCUUCCAUAAACGUGUAAAGCACCGAAUUUAUUGCUUUUACUUUCCCUUUGAACAUAAUCUGAACUAUGUUUUCCGCUCUCAUUUUAACAGAAUACUAAAGAAAAGUGUAAAAAAUAUAUGUAAAUGAAUAUUUUACGCACAUUUAUGUUUACGUAAUAAAUUUAUGUAAAUGAUCAUGCUCAAAAAUAUAUGAAGUAACAAGUAAUGUUUAAAAUUCCAUAAAUGUUCAAAUAUAUUUUAUGAGCAUUGCGAAUGUAAUUCUUCUUUAUUAAAAGAAAUAGAAACAAAAGUGCUAAAACAUUUAUAAUCGAUAUCACAAAUUGUGCUGGUUAAUACUGACUUUAACUUGAAUAGUACAAUUUUAACAUAAUUAACAAAUCACUUAAACCACAUACUUAUUGGAAAAGUAUUAAUCUUCUCUUACAAUAUUGUUCAUCUUCUCAAAAGAUCUUAUAAAUAACGAUAUUACUUUACAAUAUUAGGCUUACCCAUCGUUAAUUUUGAUAUCCCAAAAGUGCUUUUCAAGAUAUUUAUAGCCAACUUCUGAAUUUAUUUAAGUUAAAUAAUGUUUUUAAAUUUUAUGAGAAGUUUACCAUUAUUUUAUAUUUUUAUAUAAUUAUAUUCAUCUACUGCGUUCAUUUUUUCAGUAUUAUACUCAUUUUUAACAUCUACUUACAUUUGGUGUUUUCUUAUAUUCAUUUGUAACCCUCUAUUUCGUAAUCUAGAAAUACAAGGAAAAUUUUACAAACUGAAAUAAACUAAUUGGCAAAAAAAUUUAUUGUUAAUUUCGUCUUGUUUCAUUCUAUAAACGAGGAACGUAUCAUAUAUGUAUUUAUAUAAUAUUAUAUAGUUAAAAAGAUUGUAAAACUAAUGUUUAAUGAAAAUUCUCAUUUUAUAUUCAAAUUGUAUUUGUUAAUGUGAUUAUUAUUUAUAGCCACAUUUAUUAUCUUUUACCAGUUCUUAGCAUUGUUAAAUUGUGUAAAACCUAACAAUUCACCAUAAAACCUAAUUUUAACAUUAAAACAUUUAUUUACGAAAACUACAGUUUAUUUGAAUUUUUAAACCAAAAAUGUUAAAUUAGUGCUCAUUCAAUCCGAAUUUGACAUCUCAUUGCAUAUUAUAUUAUGUAUUUAAAAGUAUUGCCAUAUACAUAAAAUAUAGGUUUUUAUAUUUAUAAAGAAUUUAUAAUCACUGUUGUUAAUUUUUAAAUAUGAAAUGGUGUAAAUAUAUGUGUUUAAAUUUGAAUUUGUAUUCUGUGAUUAAAGGCAUUGUACAGUUAUAAGUAUGUGAAUAUUAAGUUUUAAGUUAGUUUAAAUAAAUUACAUUUUACGUUAUAAAUAUACUACUUAUAUAACAGACUGUGACUGCACUAAAUGUAUUCGUUUAUAACAUUGUAUAUUAUUGAUUAUUUUAAAUCAGCUUGGAUAAAAGCUUUCAUAUUUAUAAUUAUUUAUCGAGAGUUCAAUAUAAUUGUUAAUAUAAGCAAAUUUUGUAAAUAUUGCGAUAAGACUAAGGAUGUUAACAAUGUGUGUUACUAUUUCCAAUUAUGAUAGUAUUUCUAUUGUACUUUAUUGACAAUACAAUUUGUUUGAAUAUAACUUGUUUGUAAGAAA